AGAAUGAUCACUUUCAUAGGGAAUUCGGUAGUGAGGUUCCUGACUGCGGUCACCUUGCCUCUCCUCCGCCUGAUUCUGUUGUUCGUGGUGCGAGAGGCCGGGGAAAAGGGGAGCUAUUCUCUGAGCGGACAACUGCACGCGAGCUAUGACUUCAUUGUCGUCGGCGCCGGGAGUGGCGGGAGUGUCAUGGCCUCCAGGUUAUCCGAGGUUGAGGGUUGGCGUGUGCUGGUGGUGGAGGCGGGCGGCCCUCCUGCUGCGGAAACCUUCCUGCCGGCCUUCGUGCCGUUCUUCUUCCUCCCUGGCCAUGACCUAGACUGGGACUACACCUCCACGCCUCAGAAGCACGGACUGAAGAACUUUGAAAAUCGGAUGGCGCGCCUUACCCAAGGGCGCGUGGUCGGCGGGUCCUCGUCUAUCAACGGCCUGAUGUACGUGCGAGGCAACCGACGCGACUUCGACCACUGGGCCUCCCUCGGGAACGCAGGCUGGGACUACCGGUCUGUGUUGCCGUAUUUCAUCAAGGCCGAAAAUUACUAUGGCAGCUUCCUGGGAGAGAAUGACAGGUAUCGCGGACGGAGCGGACCCUUGGCGGUGACCCCAGACUCUCCUGGUCCCAUUUUUAAAGCCUUCAUCAGAGGUGGCCAGGAAUUGGGCUAUUCCAUGGUCGAUUACAACGGUCCUGAGCAGUUAGGUUUUGCAGUCAACCAGUACACAGUCGGCAAUGGCACGAGAGCGUCAUCAGCGGAGAGUUACCUGCGACCUGUCACUUCCAGACCUAAUUUGCAUGUUCUCCACAGCGCUACCGUCCAUAAAAUUAUCUUUGAUGAAGACAAGAAGGCCGUUGGUGUUCGGCUGCAGUACAGGGGAAAGAUGCUUACAAUUGGCGCGCGUCGAGAAGUGAUCGUGUCUUCAGGUGCAAUAGGAUCGCCAAAAUUACUUCUGCUCUCCGGUGUGGGUCCCAGGACUCAUCUCCAGCAACACCGGAUAAACGUCGUGGCGGACGUGCCGGGCGUCGGGCAGAACUUCCACGACCACAUAAACGUUUACGGUCUAACGUGGACAGUCCCGUUCGGAGCUAGUCCUCAAUCCCUCGGUCUUCUUGCGACCGCAGAUAUCUUCACGCCUUCAUCUUUAAAUGAAUUCAUUAGGUCCAGGAAAGGUCCACUGACUGAGACACCGCUUGAACUUCUCAACGCUUGGGUGAAGGUAUCACGGGGAGGUGACCCUCUCUGGACAGACACGCAGAUUUUCUUCAAUGGAUUCACAGCAGGGACAGACUUUGGUCUAUUCUAUCCAUCACUCUGGGGCAUGGACAGAUCCUUCUUUAAAGAACAUUACAAAGAGAUCAUUGGUCGGGAAGGUUUUACCAUCAGACCAGUGCUUGUAAGACCCAAGAGCCGAGGGUCAGUCACUCUUCUCUCAAGCGACCCAACACGACCUCCAGCCAUUGACCCCAACUACCUGAGUCACCCAGAUGAUGUGGCCACGCUCGUUAAUGGUAUAAAGUUUUCGUUAGCCCUGGGCAACACAACUGAUUUUGCCAGAACCUACAGAGCAAGUUUCUUUCAAAAGCCUUUACGUGGUUGUGAAAACCUACCAUACGGGAGUGAUCAAUACUGGGCGUGUUAUGUACGUCACAUGGCUUCUACCUUUCUACACUUUGCUGGCUCCUGUAAGAUGGCACCGUCCUCAGAUCCUUUAGGUGUUGUGGAUAACAGACUGAGAGUCCGCGGAGUAAAAGGACUGCGAGUCGUGGAUGCUUCUGUAAUGCCCUCUGUUACCUCAGGGAAUACCAACGCACCUGUUAUUAUGAUUGCAGAAAAGGCCUCUGAUAUUGUUAAACAAGACUGGAAUCAACUAGUGUAGACUGAUCUGUGAUAUAAUAAGGUAUAAAAAAUCCUUGAACUUUGUAUAUGGACUAUGUUGUAUAUUUUCCAAAAUAUGGUCACACUGGAUGAUGAAAAUACAGAUAUUGAAUAUGUGCCAUAUAUUUUACAAGUAAGCUUUAUAACAAAUAGUAAAUAAAGGAAUUUGAAAUGCUAACACUCUUGUGACCCCAAAAUAUUAUAGGAUAUAAAUAAUACUGAUUUCAGCAAACAACAGUUGUAAAUGUUUCUAAAACCCCAAGAACAAUGGAUCAAGAUGCCCAAGAAUGAAAUUUUAAGUUAAAAUGUCCUUUGUUUCUACCAAACAAACACUGUGACAUUACCAGUUUCCAGUCAAAUAAGCACUAUAAUAAGUUACCAAACACUCAAAAAUAUAAUGUGAUUUAACGCAGAAUAAUUUUAAUAUCAAAGCCUGUAAUACUCAGUCUUCAGGAAAUGGUGCUUCACCAAUGUAUUAUGUGUUUGCUGUGAUUUUUCACAUUUCUUAUAAACAUUAGAGGUUUCAUGGGAUUUCUCUUAUUUCAUAUAAAUACAGUACUAUGUGAUUAAGCAAGAAAUGGGAAUUAAAUCUUUAUAGGCGAGUACCUUUGGAUCUAAACCAAUAUAAUUCACCAAAAUCAUUACUGUUAACUGUCAUCCUUGUGAAAUUAAUUCUUAUUGGGUAGAAUAAAGCUCUAGAAACCAUGUAAACACCCUAUCAAUAAAUAUUCAUUAUUGUACAAAAAUUAUGUGCAACUAGCUAUUUCAAAUGAGUUAUUAAAAAGCUUUGUUCGAUUUACUGAAACAUAGUUGACAAUUUUAUUGUAUGAUCAUUUUUUUUUUUACUUUAAAAUAUCAAAGGGAUUGAUUUUCUUUGUUAAAUAAUUGUCAGUUCAUUAAUUGUUUUUAUGUAUGUGAUAUGACUCCCACUCCAUGUACAUUUAUUCUACAUACAUACAUACAUACAUUCCAGUUUCUUUAAACUUUAUACUUAAUUCCUUUAUUAUUUAAUCUGCCAACAAGAAAAUUACAUAACCUUCUUCAGGGCAAAGAAAAAAAAGACAGUUUGAAGAAAAUUUAUUAUAUACUAUUUCAUAAUGGAAAUCCUGUGUCGACAAGGCAUUGCAUGUGCUAGACAGAUAUAAUGGUCUCUGCUCAUCUUUAACAAUCAUAGCAAAACAUAAACCAUUUCCGAAUGCUUGUAUACCUUUCGUGAAUUAAAUGUAUUAGUGAUU